AUGGCCUCCACAACUGCCUCAGCCGAAACAAACGGCGACACCAAACGCUCUCUCCGAUACGCAGAUGUCAGUCCCUCUCCAAUCCCAUCCCCAGUCCUCUCCAACUUGCUAACCAAACAUCCAGGUAUAGAUCGGCAUCAACCUCUCCGAUCCCAUCUUCCGCGGAAUCGGGCACGGAAAACGAAACCACGAAGACGACCUCAUCCACGUCAUCUCCCGCGCCCAGAAAUAUGGUGUACGCAAAAUGAUGAUCACGGGAUCCGACUACACCGAGUCGAAAAACGCCGUGAAGCUUGCGGAGGAGUAUCCUGGCCUCUGCUACGCGACGAUUGGAGUACACCCUUGUUCUGCGAAGAGUCUAGAGGAAGGAGGCGAAGCGUUGUUGGAAGAUCUGAAGAAUCUGGCCAUCGAGACGAGAGAUGCGGGCACCGCGACAGCUUUUGGAGAAAUCGGAUUGGAUUACGAUAGAUUGGAACAUUGUGAUAAGGAAACACAGAUGAAAUGGUUCGAACGACAACUGGACGUCGCUUGCGACCUGGGGAUGCCGCUAUUCCUACACUCCCGAGCCGCUGCGGCAGAUUUCGAAGCCAUCCUUCGCAAACGACUGGACCGAUUACCAAAGCGAGGCGUCGUGCACUCCUUCACUGGAACACUGGAAGAGAUGAAGGGCAUCAUAGACAUGGGAUUCGACAUCGGCAUAAACGGGUGCAGCAUGAAAGCGGAAGAGAAUAUGGCAGUGGUAAAGGAAGUGCCGCUGGAGAGGUUACAGAUUGAGACAGACGGACCAUGGUGUGAGAUGCGACCCAGUCACGCAAGCUCAAAAUACUUGAAAGAUGCCCCGGAAUUACCAAAGGCAGUCAAGAAGGAGAAGUGGAAUGCAGAAUGCAUGGUAAAAGGAAGAAAUGAGCCGUGUGCGAUUUUUCGCGUGGCAUAUGCAAUUGCAAAUGUCAAGGGGCUCAGUGUGGAGGAAGUUGCCGAGACUGCCUGGAGGAACUCAAUACGGAUGUUUGGAUUGGGCGAUUCGCAACCCUAG